UUCUGCUCCCUUCUCUCGCUGCUCUCUCGCUCCGUCCGUCGUCUCUCUGUCCCGCCGCCGCCACCGGGUAGCCACGCACGCGCCGCUGGUGACGGGACACAGCAACCCACGGCCCCGUCCACCGGAGGCUUUCUCUCGUCGAGCGGCCGUCUCUCUCGUCCUCUUCCCCGCCUGUACUGGUUGUUGUUCUUCGGUACGCAAGAUCAAUCCUACAGAAGGUGCGGACGCAGUUUCUUUCGCCGAACAGAUUAGGGUGCUUCAUCUGAUCCGGAAAGUCCCCGUCAAGUGCGCCCCUUUGGUUGAGAGAAAAUACAAUAAGGCUUGGCUUGCGGUAGAUAUGGUGAAGGCGGCAGCAAGGGUUCGCUAUGAGCCUGGACCAGCUUUUGCGGAGGUCAAAGAAGAAGCCAUGCUUGACAUAUCACCAACAGAAUCGACAGAAUUUUGGCUAAUACAGUGGCCUAAAGAUCAGUUAGAUGUUUCUGAUUUCCAUGGUAAAGAGCUUUCUCUUAAGCUGCACAAGGAUGGAAACAUAGGCAGUUUGGAAAGUUCCUCAGGGAAAUCUUAUGAGCUUGUCAGCUUUGCAGCUCAGCAGCCAGAUGCAACUGUCUUUCAACCAUCAGGAUCAGAAAUGAAACCUGUGGGGAAGAUAUCACGGCGAGUUUGCUUAGUUCGUUAUCCUGAAGCUGAGGAAUUAGCUAAACCAAAUUUUGGGGGCCUUACUCCUAGCAGUAAGAUAUCUGCAGGUUCUUCUAGGAAGACUAAGUCUCGGUUCACUAGCGCAUCGAAGAACCGCAGCAGCCAAGGCUCAGCCCUUUCACUGGGCCAAUGGAGCGCAGAGCCGACACCCAAACACAAGCAGAAGAGAAAGGACAAAAGCAACCUGGGGCACUCAAACAUGUCAGGCAAGGCCUCCGAAGGAUCACAGGCUCGUGGGGCAGAGAGCAACACUACGACCUCGGAGAUGCCGCAGUUGUCAUCAGAGAAAUCGAAGAAGAAGAAAAAGGUUAAGAUCGUGGAGUAGUAGUGUCGCCUUGGCAAAGAGAUCAGUUUCCCCUGAACUAUCAGCUGCUGAGGAGCUGUGCGGGGAAUACGGGUCUGUAGUUCCUUCGUGCAUCCCUGUAUCUCGAUUUUUGUUUGAUGCGGAACAUUUUGCUGCAGUGUUAGGUGUUGUUUGUGGGAUGAUACUUGGGAGCAGCCCGUUGCAUGGUGCUGGAAUACCGCUAUGUAACGUUCUGGCUCUAUUUCAAAACCGAGCUCUGCUGCACUGUUUCCGUCGUUGUGCUGAAAGCAACGACCCACGAGUCCCUGAAGUUCUGAAAGCCUGUUGCUUUCGAACCUGAAAAUCAUGAUAUUGCUAACUAGGACUGGGAGCAUGCUAAUCAUAAAGUCCUUAGAUCCUUU